GAGGAUGUCUGAGUAUUUAGGAAGCGCGGGCAAUUGUGGUUUUCGUAAAAUUUAUAUAGUGAUCGUGUCAUCGUCGUUAUAACACAACAGCAGCAGCACCAACAUGAACCGGAUGGGUAAAGACCGGAAGUCGGCGAAAUCCCUUUCGCUGGAAGAAAAGAAGUAUUUGUUGGCGGUACAGCGGGGAGACGUGGCCAACGUGCAGAGGAUGAUUCAACGAGCCUUUCGAUCAGGGCACAUAGACAUCAACUGUGUUGACUCUUUUGGUCGAGGUGCCAUCAACCUAGCGAUCGAAGGUGAAAAUUUGGAAAUGCUCGAAAUGCUGGUGGUAAUGGGUGUGGGACCCAAGGACAAUCUGUUGCAUGCCAUUAACGCAGAGUUCGUCGAGGCUGUGGAGCUUCUUCUCCAGUACGAAGAGCUGGUGCACAAGGAAGGCGAACCAUACAGUUGGGAAAAAGUCGACUGGAACACCGCUUAUUUCACUCCUGACAUAACACCGCUCAUUUUGGCCGCACACAAGAAUAACUAUGAAAUCAUUAAAAUGUUGCUGGACCGAGGAGCAACACUUCCGAUGCCACAUACGAUCAAGUGUGGAUGUGAUAAGUGUAUUACAUCUUCGAAAACAGAUUCGUUGCGAUACUCUAUGUGUAGAGUGAACGAAUAUAGAGCACUGGCUAGUCCGUCACUGAUUGCACUUUCAUCAGCUGAUCCAAUACUCACUGCGUUCCAGUUAUCCUGGGAGCUGAGAAGAUUGGCUAGAAUCGAGAAGGAAUUCAAAAACGAAUACAUGGAACUUCGACAACAAUGUGAACAAUUCGCCGUUGAUCUGCUUCGACAAACACGAAGUUCCCACGAAUUAGAUGUGAUUUUAAAACAUGACUCGGAAAAUGCUCCUAGCAUAGGAUCGAUGAAACUAAGACUCGUUGAACUUGCCAUAAAAUACAAGCAAAAAAACUUUGUAGCACAUCCGUAUAUACAACAACUUUUGGCAACUGUCUGGUACGAAGGUCUUCCAGGAUUCCGUCGUUUACGACUUUAUAAGCAAAUAAUUGAAAUCAUCAAAAUCGUUUACUUUUUUCCAUUCUAUUGUCUUGUGUACUUAUACGCACCUAGCGCUCAGAUUGGAAAAGUAAUGGAAAAACCAUUUAUGAAAUUUUUAAUUCAUUCAUCUUCCUAUCUUUCAUAUUUAGGUCUAUUGGUACUUGUGUCGCAGCGGGCUGAAACGCAGUUUAUAGAGCUCUUCGGGUCUGAAUCAAUGAAUAAAAAUCUGCAAUUGCGACAACUUCGGCAACGCGGCAACGGACCGUCGUAUAUAGAGCUCUUGAUCUUGCAUUUUGUCAUAGGAUACAUAUGGCAGGAGAUACUGGACGUGCGCAGGGAUGGUCUGAAGAGAUACCUGGCGCACAACGCAUGGAACUACGUAGAAUUUGCCAGGAACAAGAUGUAUGUGACAGUGAUCGCGCUGCGAGUUUACGCAUACGUGACCGAAAACUCACAGAUAUCCAACGAUCCCUCUUCGGCGUUCAUUCCUAGGGAGAAAUGGGAAACCUUCGACCCUCAACUCGUAGCCGACGCCCUAUUUGCUGCUUCUAACAUACUGAGCGCUUUAAAGCUGAUCCAUAUGUGUUCAAUUAGUUCACAUUUAGGACCGUUACAGCUGUCAUUAAAACGCAUUCUGAUCGAUAUACUCAAGUUUUUCAGUAUUUAUAGUUUGGUUUUAUUUUCAUUCGCAUGCGGACUUAAUCAGUUAAUGUGGUAUUUUGCCGAUCUAGAACGAAAAAAAUGUUACAGUUUAAUAGAAGCAGGAUCGGGCGAGUCAUGCUCGAAAUGGAAGAAUUUUGGGAAUGUGUUUGAGUCUAUACACACUCUGUUUUGGACGGGUUUUGGCGAGGUCGAUCUUGAAACCUUUGAUCUACCAGGAAUGAAACCUUACACGAAAUUCUGGGCACUUUUUAUGUUCGCUACUUACUCGGUAAUUAAUGUUACGAUUAUGUUGAACCUGCUCAUUGCUAUGAUGUCUAAUUCCUAUUCUGUCAUUGAGGGUCAAUCAGACGUAGAAUGGAAAUUUUCCAGAUCGAAGCUGUGGUUAAGCUGUUUUGAAGAAACACCGACUCUCCCCUCGCCUUACAACGUGUAUCCAACGCUGAAACACUUCAAAAAGCUUUAUCAUUAUAUAUGGAAGUCUAAGAAAACUGAUUCAUGGCCUCAGAAUGACAAAACCAACAGUUUCAUUAAUCGAAGUCAAAGGGAGAGUGAGUUUGCCACUGUGAUGCGAGCUCUCAUCUGGCGAUAUAUUUCCAUGAAGCAUCGAGAAAUGGAAAACGUAGGUGUGACUGAGGAAGAUGUAAACGAAAUAAAAUCUGAGCUCAGUACGAUGAAAUACGACUUUUUAGAAGUACUACGAAAGAACGGUAUGGAAGUGCCUAGUGAUCAUCGUAAAAAAACCAUGGAUAAAAAGUCCAAAAUCUGGGAGCGGCGGUUGAUGUCAGACUUUUACGUGGCACCAGUAUUUCCAGGUGGCAGUGCUUGCAGUAGUAGCAGUAGCAUUGAUAAUUCACUUGAACAUCAAUUACGACCGAUCGAUAGGUUCCGUAAGGCUGUCCGAAUGGUGGCAGCCAACUCGGCGUCCGGCAGAUGGCGGACUACCAUAUGUGGCGUGUAUCAAAACUCACAGAUAGGCACCACAGCUGGACUUGGGUCUUUCGUCAACAAGCAGAAUUUGCAGUGGGCCAUGAACGAGGUGUGGGCUCUGCGUGAAAAACGGCCAUCGACGAUUUCCACGCCGACAACAAAAGCGCAGACAGUGAUUACGUCCGCGUCGUCUACUUCGUACCCGUUCGAAUUACCGGAGCGCCGGAGCACUUUACGCACGCUCAUCGACGAGUUCCGCCGUGGUGAGCACCAACUCCACCGCGGGCCCGGUGAAGACGCUACAUCGUGGGCGGCCCCCGUGCCGGUCCGCGGGCAACUGCUGAAAACGUCUCCGCCGUUACACCAACAACCUCAGCAAUCCGCAAUGAAGAAGUCCGCGUCCGUCUGGUACGCCGCACCACCCGCGCCCGACCGACCACUAGUCACCCGAAUGAGCAUGCCAAACCUGCAAUCUGGAACUACCUUCGACCGUCGACAGCACCCGCAGCAAUCCUCUGGAUCCAUACCCGAAGAACACUAACGUAUUGUAUGUAUAUACCACUGCACUGUUGUCGGUCCUUAGAUUUUUCUAACUUUAAAGGGCUUAUUACUUGACCUAAACGUUUUAAAAAUACCUUUAAUCCGUUAAUUUGCGUUUUUAACAACGUUCGCUAGAUUUCAAUGAUAACACUUAUAAAAGGUAUAUAGACGAGGACACCACAAUAUUAGAUGUACUUUUAUAGUAAAGUACUAAAGAAAGCAUAUCAUUUUAUGUCACCCGAGUACCACCCUACUAUAUUUUUCCCAAGUCAAGUAUCUACUUUAUUGGGGUGACCCCACGAUCUACCAAAAGUUUAUAUUUUACAGAAAUAAUAGAUAUUAUAUACAUAUUAUAUGUAUUUAUCUGUUAUAUAACUGUGUAAACGAUGGACAUCGCCAUUUAUUCGUCUGCCUUUUGUUUUUUAGUGAUAAAACCUAAAAAUUAUCGUCGGAAUAUUCAUGCCUACCAGUCGCAAUGACUAAAUUAUUUAUACUAAUGUAAUAAGGAGAUAGAUAAUCGAAAAUAUUAUCUUCAUAUAAAUUUAUGUAUAUUCUUUCUUUUCGAUCAAUAAAAAAAAAAAAAAAAAUAUCCAACCCUAAAAAUAUGUAGUUUUAAAAAGUAAAAUAUAAUAUUUAUGUAUAUUUAUUUAUUUUAAAUUUUGAUAAAGUCCGUAACUCCUAAUUGUAGAAUUUUGUAUAAUUGGACAAUGUGAUUUAGAUAGUUUAUGUCAAACAACAUUUUUCAAUUUAUUAAUUUCAUGUUUAUGUAUAUUUAUCUCUUAAUUAAACUUGUACGUACAAGUUAAAAUCGUUUUCUUCCGGUGUUAUUCAAAUACUUACAUUAUAUUUGUAUCCUUCAGAUAGAAACUUACAGGACACAUUUAACAGUAAUUAGAAAGUCAGUUUUAUUCAAUUUGUUUUUCUGGUAAAUAUAUCACAGUGCAGUACAGUAAAUUACGUCGCGUAACGUUGUGAUAAAAUAUAUUGAUUUCUAUAUAUUUUUGUACUCUUAUUAUUAAGUAUUAAGUCUGUAAGCUAAUCCGUAGUAAACAUUUUCUCCAAAAUAUUUUCAUCUUUGUUAUAUCAUUAUUAAUUUAACAUAUAAUAUUAUUCUAGAGAAAUAUUUUAUAUCAUAAAAAUGUUAUUGUCUUUUUUAAAAUUAAAUUAAUGUUUGGGAAGACUCAGACUUUAUGACUAGACUACUCGUCUCUCGGAGUAAACCUGUACGCGUGAUGCUAUCGGUAGUUUGAAAUUGUUUGGUCUCAUAUUUAAUAUUUAUAAAAUGUCAAAUUUACAUUAUUUUUUAUUUUUUAUUAUUAUUAUUAUUAUUAUGUUAUCUACACAUACAACUAUGGUUU